AUGGAAGAAGGAAUGGAACUUGAAAAUGAUAGUCAGCAGUUGUAUGUAAAUAGGUUCAAGAAGAGGAAGUCUGUGAAACUAGUAAGGAAGUUGAAGCAAGAGGAGAAGUUGAUCCUCUUCAGGGAAAGAAUCACCUGCUACAAGGUGAUGAUGCUAGACUCAAGACAGUGGAUGCUAGAACCGUUAGGAAAUAUGGCUGAAGAUGAAGCUCAGUUAUUCAUGGUGAGAGUCCUGCCUACAGAGGAUUCUAAAGAUGUAAAAAUCCUUCAAUCUGCAGGGAUAGAAACAGGAAUCGGGAAUCUUAUAGAAGAGUACCAGGUUAUGUUUUCAGAACCUUCUGGGCUUCCACCUUCUAGAGGACUAUUCGACUAUAGAAUACCUUUAGAUGCUGGUAGUAACCCAAUUAACAUCAGGCCUUACAGCAUGUAUCAAGUGUUCAGCAAAAGCAUGGAGGAGCACCUGCAUGUUGAAUACCUUGGCCACUUUAUCUCUGUUGAUGGUGUUGCCACUGAUCCCAGAAAAAUUAUUGUUGUACAAGACUGGCCUAUUCCAACCAUUAUUAAGCAGCUAAGAGGGUUCUUGGGGCUGGCUGGAUAUUAUAGAAGUGAUAAGGCUACCACAACCUUUGAAGCUCUAAAUACAGCCUUGGUUACUGCUCCUGUAUUGGCUUUGCCUGAUAGCUCUCAACAGUUCAUAGUAGAGACUGAUGCAUAUGAUAUUGGAAUAGGAGCAUAUCUGACAGGAUGGCACUUCAUAGUAAGGACUGAUCAAAAGGCACUUAAGUUUCUUUUGGAGCAAAAGUUACACACAGGAACUCAAAUGAAAUGGAUAGCCAAGGUCAUACAAUUUGACUUUACUAUUGAAUACAAGAAAGGAAGGGAGAACAAGGCUGCAAACUCACUAUCUAGACUGCCUGAAGCUGAGCUAGUUGCACUACAUAUCAACAAUGCUGGGGCAAUCUUGUUCCAAAGAAUCAUUGGAAGCUGGCAGAAUGAUCUUGAGCUGCAGGAAUUGAUCAAGAAGAUACAGAGCAAGGAAGAAGGAAACAAUGGUUAUUCUUAUGAUAAACAACAUUUAAGGAAGAAUGGGAGGCUAGUUGUGGGAAAUGAUGCAGAAUUAAGAAGGGAUCUGAUUCAGCAAUGGCACGACCUUGCUAUAGGAGGUCACUCAGUUGCAGACAUAGCUCAAUUAUUCCUGGAUAAUGUCUACAAACUACAUGGUACGCCUGAGAAUAUAGUUAGUGAUAGAGAUCUAGUGUUUGUCAGCAAAGUUUGGCAAGAGCUUUUCUCUGCUCAUGGAGUUACUUUAAGCACCUCUACUGCUUAUCAUCCCCAAUCGGAUGGGCAGACUGAGGACUGGUACUUGUAUUUGCCCUUCGCUGAGUGGUGGUACAAUACCACAGACCAUUAUGCUACCCAAACCACCCCUUAUGAAGCUCUUUAUGGACAACCCCCUCCUAUACAUUUACCUUACCUUCCUGGAGAUGUUGUUGAUAAACAAGUAGACAUGAGUCUUAUCGCCAGAGAAUUCAAGACACAGCUCCUCAAGCACCACCUUAAUCAAGCUCAACAAAGGAUGAUCUCUCAAGCUAACCAUCACAUGUCAGAUAGGCAGUUCCAAGUGGGUGAUUGGGUCUACUUAAAGAUUCAACCUUACAGGCAAUUCACCCUGUCUACCACUCACUUUUCAAAGCUAGCAGCCAAGUACUAUGGACCUUAUCAAAUCAUUCAGAAAAUUGGCGCAGUUGCCUACAAAUUGAGCCUUCCCUCCAACAUCACCAUACACCUCACCUUUCAUGUUUCCCUCCUAAAACCAUGCUACAAGGUCCCUGAUAAUAUAACUCAUCCUCCAGUCAUGGACAUUACCAGCCCUUACUGCCCUACUCCUAAGUCCAUACACGACAGAAGAAUGAUCAAAAAGAGGAACAAAGUUAUAGCUCAAGUUCUUGUGUAA